AUGAUUCUGCCUCCUGGAGUCAGUAGCAACAAAUCCAAUCACAUAUGCAAGCUCAACAAAUCUUUAUAUGGCCUUAAACAGGCUAGUAGACAAUGGAAUGCCAAGUUGCUUUCAUCUCUAUUCACUCUUGGCUAUCAUCAAUCUGCAGCAGAUUCAUCUCUAUUAAUCAGGUCCUCUUCUCAUUCUUUCACAUCAUUAUUGAUUUAUGUUGAUGAUAUUGUACUCACUGGGAAUGAUAUCCAAGAAAUUGAUCGAGUAAAACAUCAUCUUGAUGCUGCCUUUCGAAUAAAAGAUCUGGGCCAUCUCAGAUUCUUCCUUGGUUUUGAGGUUGCUAUAUCCUCAUCAGGCUUGAUUAUUAAUCAAAGGAAAUACGCAUUGGAACUUAUUGCUGAUGCUGGUCUCCUUGCUUCUAAGCCAGCUUCCACUCCUAUGGAUCCCUCAGUGAAGCUACAGAAAGAGCAUGGUAAUCCUUACUCAGACAUUGCUGCAUAUCGAAGAUUGGUUGGCAGAUUAUUGUAUCUCACCAAUACUAGACCCGAUAUAAAUUUUGUUGUUCAACAGCUUACUCAGUUUGUAGCUAAGCCUAUAGAGACUCACUAUCAGGCUGUUGUUCGAAUCCUAAGAUAUCUCAAAGCUUCUCCAUCAAAGGGAUUAUUUUUCCCUGUGCAAAAUGAUCUCACUCCAUCCGGUUUUGCUAAUGCUGACUGGGCAUGCUGCAUUGAUACUCGACGUUCUGUCUCUGGCUUGAGUGUCUUCUUAGGUUCUUCUCUUGUCUCAUGGAAGACUAAGAAGCAAACAACCGUUUCUAGAUCAUCCUCCGAAGCAGAAUACCGAGCUUUAGCCAAUUUGGCUUGUGAACUUCAAUGGAUCUCGUUCCUUCUUCGUGACUUACAGCUUCCGCUUACCAAGUCCAUCCCUGUGUUUUGUGACAGCCAGUCAGCUAUCUACCUUGCCCAUAAUCCCACAUUCCAUGAAAGAACUUUACUGCAUUCUAUGAAGGAGUGCAAAUGGGAUGAUGGAAAGAAGAUGAUCCAACCUCCCAUGUUUGUUGUUCCGACUGGAAGAAAGAAGCCAUCAGCAAACCAAAGAUGGGAAAUCAGCAAUGUUCUUGAUGAGUUUAUUUUCGAUAUUACAAUUAUUGCAACAGACAGUUCAAACAAUGCGCGUCUUAGGUCCUUACACAGAAGCACUUAUUGA